GGGGCGCAGUUUUCGGACCCGCCCACAGAUGCUGCAACGUCGUCGCUGUGCUGCGGAGGACGCUGUUCGCAGAGUUGAAGAUGGCGACUGUUCGGAGGCUGCAGAGGAACCUCCGGAGCUGAUACCGGGGGGGGUGGUUGAAGGAGAGGAUAUAUACAUACUCAAAGCCCGUAACCGACCCCGUCUACAACCACGAAAUCCAAUAAGGAUCAUAUAAGGCAGGAUUGAGACUAUAAUGUCCCGCUCCCAUUAUAAUGAGGAUGGAUGCUUUGUUGCCAUGGAUACAGAGGACGAUGGUGCAGAGCCUGCCGGGAUAACCGAAGAAGAAGAGGCAAACAUGGGGUCCUGCCGACAAGAUGGGAACAUGGACAUUGGUGCCAAAGGAGGGGGGAGAACAAUGGAGGAGUUGCCAGAGGAAGUUCUUGAAUAUAUUCUGUCCUUCCUCUCACCUUACCAGGAGCACAAGACUGCUGCGCUUGUGUGUAAGCAGUGGUAUCGCCUCAUCAAAGGUGUUGCUUAUCAGUGCUACCACGGUUUCUUGAGAGCUGUCCAGGAGGGAAAUAUCCAGUGGGAAAGUCGCACAUACCCAUAUCCAGGAACACCGAUCACCCAGCGGUUCUCACACAGUGCGUGUUACUAUGACUCAAACCAGUCCAUGUAUGUAUUCGGGGGCUGCACUCAGAGUAGCUGCAAUGCUGCCUUCAAUGAUCUGUGGAGACUUGACCUCAACAGCAAGGAGUGGAUCCGCCCUCUAGCGUCAGGCUCUUAUCCUUCUCCUAAAGCCGGGGCGACUCUUGUGAUGCACAAAGAUCUGUUGGUGCUGUUUGGGGGAUGGACUCGCCCAAGCCCAUAUCCACUGCACCAACCAGAAAGGUUUUUUGACGAAAUCCACACCUACUCUCCUUCAAAGAACUGGUGGAACUGUAUAGUAACAACACAUGGACCUCCACCAAUGGCUGGCCACUCUUCCUCUGUGAUUGGAAACACCAUGGUGGUGUUUGGGGGGUCACUGGGAGCACGGCAAAUGAGUAAUGAAGUCUGGAUUCUGGAUCUGGACCAGUGGUCCUGGUCCAAACCUCCCAUAUCUGGCCCAUCACCCCACCCGCGAGGAGGCCAAUCACAAAUUGUCAUCGAUGAUCAGACUUUGCUCAUCUUGGGAGGCUGUGGCGGUCCUAAUGCUCUCCUUAAAGAUGCCUGGCUCCUCCACAUGGUUACACCCCCAUGGAGGUGGCAGCAGCUGCAGGUGGAAAACGAGGACCAUGGGGCCCCGGAGCUGUGGUGUCACCCAGCUUGUAGGGUGGGCCAGUGUGUGGUGGUUUUCUCACAGGCCCCAUCUGGCCGUGCUCCGCUCAGCCCGAGUCUUAACUCGCGGCCGUCCCCAAUAAGUGCCACACCUGCCUCUCUGGGCGCAGAACCGCCUUCCCUGCGCUCGCAGUCCCCCGUUCGGAGCGGGGCUGCCGGUGUUGUGCUGGGAGCCGUCGAAGAGGCUCCCUGUGUAAACGGCCGAUGGGGCACGCUGAGACCUCGGCCUUCAGCGAGAGGAAGUGCCAGAGAAGGCAGCCCGUCCUCCCCUCAGCAACCGUCUCCCUCGCAGGGCCCGGACAGCCCUCCUCUUCCUCCACUGGCCACGUUAUUAAAUGGAUCCUCCCCUUCACCGAGGACCAGUCCAGCACAGGACGCAUCUCCCUCCUCCCGCCCUCCCCCGCCUGCCUCCACAGACUAUGGCUGGGACUCUCCCCCUUCUGCCGUUCACCACCCUGAGGUGCCCAGCACCAAUGGCCUGCAUACACCUCCUGCAAGCACCCCACUCACCCCCCCGGGAGCAGUGUCCCCCGCUGCCUUACGACAAGGUCUGGAGGCAGUGAAAAACAAAUCUUCCUCAUCAUCGCCUUCCCCUCAGACACAGGGGGCUUCUCCUGGAGGGGCAAGUGGUGGUGGUAGUGGAGCGGGUCCCCCUGGAACCCCUCCCUCUUCAUCCUCCAGCCCUCCACAUGCUGCCGGAGCUGAUGGACACGCAAUCCCGCCUAUUGCACGGCGCCUGGGGCAUCACCCGCCCCAAAGCCUGAACGUGGGGAAACCUCUGUACCAGUCUCUCAACUGCAAGCCCAUGCAGAUGUACGUGUUGGACGUGUCCAGGGCCAAGUCGGCUGGAGUGGUGUCCUGGAGAGUUUAUGGGAACGGGACUUCCGUUGCAGUGACAGGGCCCCCUGAGACCAGCCUUCACACAGUGGUACAGGGCAGGGGCGAGCUCAUCAUUUUUGGGGGCCUGAUGGACAAGAAACAGAAUGUGAAGUACUACCCUAAAACCAACGCCUUGUACUUUGUACGAGCUAAAAGGUAGUGCAGCUCCGGGCGGAACCUGGAAGAAAGACGCUCCACUCCGUCACCACACGAGGGAAUGGACACACAAUGCCUUUUUCCUAUACAGAGGAUUACUGGAAAAGAACAUAAUCAUUAUUAGAUGUUCCACUUGAUAAAUUCACUAUUCUCCCUUCUGCCUAAUCAAAUAAAAAUACACCACUUUAACUACACUUUGAUAAAUAAUAUUUGGUUGAAUGAGAAUCCUUACGCUUUGUGUGUGUGUGUGACUGCAGUGAUUAGAGAAAACAUGACAUUCUUAUUCCCUACCAGGUGAUCAGCCAAACCAUACCAACCACUUCUGUUUUUCUGUCUGCCCUCUGAACUCUUAAAAUAGAGGAACUCCUGGAUAAAGAAUGCGAUUGACAACUACCUUGCUUUUUGUAUCAAUCUUUAAGCCUGCAAUGUUUACUGUGUGUGUGUGUGUGUGUGUGUGUGUGUGUGUGUGUGUGUGUGUGUGUGUGUGUGUGUGUGUGUGUGUGUGUGUGUGUGUGUGUGUGUGUGUGUGUGUGUGUGUGUGUGUGUGUGUGUGUGUGUGUGUUAUAAACAUUGUUAAACAAUAAAGGCCUCCAUGUCUGCUUGGUCACU